UUUAGCAGGCUGGAUUGAACUUUGCUCGCUACAAUCUUCCGUCAUCAGGGUCAGGCAGGCCGAUGGGAUGUAGACUUUAAAAACACACACACAGGCGUAGGAUUCCGCCCUGUGCAUUAGUCAGGCCGGCUAAAAGGAGCAGCAGACAGGCGGCCACAGCCGUGUCGUUAGUAGUCGAGGAAGCAGAAACGUCCAAGGAUGGCUGGAAAGAGACGAGGCCGAGGCAGAGACAGAGAGCAGCGACAGGCCCCACAGAGCCAAAGAGGAGGCCCUCGCAGGGCUCUGAGGGAGCCGGCUGCUUUUGCCAAGUCUACGGGAUUUGAAUCGGAGGUCCCUCAUGAAAAGCUGACUCUGGCCCAGGCACGGAGGGGCACACCAGCUAAUCGUCCGGUGCGAGUCUACGCUGAUGGGAUCUUCGAUCUUUUCCAUUCGGGGCAUGCUCGAGCUCUGAUGCAGGCCAAAAAUGUGUUCCCCAACACAUACCUGAUGGUGGGAGUCUGCAGUGAUGAACUCACCCACAAGCUUAAAGGCUACACGGUGAUGACGGAGGACGAACGCUACGACGCCCUGAGGCACUGCCGCUAUGUUGACGAGGUGGUGCGUGACGCUCCCUGGACCCUGAACACAGAGUUCCUGAAGAAACAUAAGAUUGACUUUGUGGCCCACGAUGACAUCCCGUACACCUCCGCUGGAUCAGAGGAUGUUUAUAAGCACAUCAAGGAAGCAGGCAUGUUUGUGGCCACUGAGAGGACAGAGGGCAUCUCCACGUCUGAUCUUAUCACCCGCAUCGUCCGAGAUUAUGACAUCUAUGUUCGACGCAACCUGCAGAGAGGCUACACCGCCCGAGAACUGAACGUCGGAUUCAUUAAUGAGAAGAAAUACCGGCUGCAGAACCAGGUUGACAAAAUGAAAGAGACGGUGCGUACGGUGGAGGAGAAGUCCAAACACUUUGUCUACAGAGUGGAAGAGAAGAGCCAAGACAUGAUCCACAAGUGGGAGGAGAAGUCACGAGAAUUCAUCAGCAACUUCCUGGAGCUGUUUGGACCUGACGGGGCCUGGCAUGCGAUCCAGGAGCGGAGUGGCCGUAUGCUGCAGGCCCUGUCACCUUACUCCUCACCCCGUGGCUCCCCCAGCAGCAGUCCCACCAGGAGACGCUCAGUUUCUCCUGACUCUUCGCCUGCCUCCGCCUCCCCGUCCCCCUCCUCUCUCUCCCCUCCUUCCUCCCCCUCCUCAUCUAGGAAGGGGAAACGCUCCUCUCGCAAAGCUUCCGCCACAAACGGCAGACAUGCAAAAUGAGCUCAUCUUUAUUGGUCCUCUUAGAGGCUGCUGGUGAUUAAUCUGGUCUAAGGAGGCUGUUGAUUAGAAUAACAAGCUAACUAUUGAUAUUGGUUUAUUCAAGUGCAGUAUAUCAUAAUGUACAUAAUGUGUGUUUGCUGAAAAGAAAAGGAAAAAUGAUAUUAAACACUUGUGUGGA